GACCAUACCAAGUUCUUUUGAAGAUUUUUUCAUCCCUGGUCUAGAGUCAGAUGCCUAUCAAAUUCCGAUUCGAGGUCCGCUUAUGAAAAGCCAGCAUAGCCCAAAAGUUGCACUCGACAGGCGGGGUCGUUCUCGAGACUUGCGGUUUUUGCCUCGAUCAACGUACUUUUGGUAUAUGACCCAUGCCCUCUUUUGACACAGACAAACCCUCGUUCUUUCACAUCAACGUACGUGAAUGUCAGUCAUAUGUCCAUCGGACCACUGACGUCUUCCUUGUGACGAAGACUUCUUGGGUAAGUCCAUUUCAUUGUCCCUCUUCGUUCUCACAUAUCUGCUUGAUGUCUUAUCCGCCACUAUCCACCAGGAUCAACUCAGGCACAUACGAUCUCAGAUUUCAACACAACAAGUGCACCUGCUGACGUCGCCUUCUUCAGAGUAAACCUCGUGUCGUAUGUCGACGGAAAAUGAUUCGACUCAAGAAAGGCCGUCCACCACCAACGCCGAGAGGGAGCCUAGGAGACGGUCCGUUUGGCAUGUGCCAGUGUUGACGCCAAAGUCCCAUAGUCCCGACGAUGCCGCUCUCCAGGAUCGACACACUGAGAAGGCGCCGCAUGAUCAACCAUCACCCGACGUGAGAGAUGUGCUGGACAGAGGAUUUGCCCUUGGCAAUUCUCCUGAUGAAGCACGUUCUUGGCUAGUUGCACUCGGUGACCUCAGCCCCGGGACCGACGUCUCGCUCAGGAUAGUAGGCCUCCAUGAUGGCAACGCUUCUUUGUUGUCGGUCCUUUGCCAGUGGAUUCCUUUAUGGUCGACUAGAGCCGACAAGUCAAGAAAAGACAAGACCUCGAAGUCGGCAGCCCUCAGAGAUGCAAAGAACCUGGAUUGGCUCCUUCGGUAUAUUUGUGACUAUCUUGGUCUCAACUCCAGCAGCAUUGAUCGUGUUGAGCUGGCUCACAUGGUCGACGCUAUCACAACUCUAUGCUUGAAUGCUCGGAGGGAUGCCGAUAUCAAUGGUGGCGUCAACGUUUUCUAUACCCUGCUGUGUCACUUCGAUUUUCCGAAGAGUGGACUGGAGCAGACCUUGGUUGUACUGUGUGCAUCAGUCGCCAAUCUACAGGAACCCCCCGACCACCUCUUCGAUUGCGCUAGAACCCUCGCCGCUGGGAGCCUCAGUAGAGAGGUCAUAACAAUUCUAUUCACUUUCAUACGGACUCCUACGCUGGAGAACAACAGCAAGAAUCUGUCACAUGCCAGAGGCGCUACACGUCUUUUACGCAACCUCAUUGACGAGCAGUCUAAAGAGGGUGCUUUUGUCGUCAACUUGGGAGAAUUCGUCGAAGAACUGCACAUCGCAGCCAAUCAGGGCAUCUUCCGUUUCUGCUACGACAUCUUGAGCUCUCUACAUACUGUCCUCUCCAGCGAGCAACGACGGGAUGAGAUACCGACCAUCAAAUUCGGCAAGGUCAUGGAUAUUCUACUUCUUUGCUUGGAAAUGACUCCUUUCAGUGCAGGCAACAUGGCGCAGUCGCCCGUAAUCAGCCCCGUAGAAGAUAACAAGGACCGUCAUUCUGAAAAACACUACGAACGACACUAUCGAGACAGGGACAACGUGGCCACAAUGUUGGCUCAUGAUUUCCACCUGAUCUGGGAAUACCUGGAACCGUCUAGUCAUCAUGCAGUUGAUGAUUUCUUCCUUGAGCACCCGCGUUUUGCCGAUGCACACCAACUCAGUGUUGCACUGGACUAUGCCAAGGGCACCUACUUUACGGCCAAGGAGCAUGAGACGAGAACACAGUAUGCCCACGAUCUGUACGAGCGAAUUGUGCAGAAUCAAGCCAUACUGCCGUUUUCUCGUAUUAGGGCAAUAGAAGUCCUCGUACAGGCUACCGUCCAAACUCAAAUGACGGUUCCAAACACCGAUGGCCAAGCUGCUGAAGCUUACGUCUGGAUGCUUGACAAACUCUUGCAACAAGUCGAGACCGAGCGAAACAGUCAAGUGCUAGCAGCAGUACUGAAAGCAUUGGACUCCAUGGUAUCACAGCAUGAACAUGCAGCAAAGGAGCAUGCCUCAAUAUUACGCGCUAUCGAGAAGCUUACUGAUGUGAUUCUGGCUGCUUCUGUCCCCAGUCUCAACGAUGAGUGUGCCGCCAUAGCCACCAAAGUCGUCGCCACGGUAUUCAGUUACAGCAUUCAUACGGAUCCCAAAGCUGCCGUCAGAGCAUUUGAUGCAUUGCAGCGAGUCGCCAGCUCCAAUUGCAAGUUCCGUAUGGCACGGCUCGUGGCGAAACGCAUUCUCUUCCGUUUGCGAGCCAAUGAGGCCGGCUUUGUCUUUAUGACUGCAGAUAGUGAGAGCCAAAACAUCGCAAGCGCGCUUUUGCGCACUCGAGAUUCAGCUGAACUAUUCCACUACGAGGUCCCCAGCUCACAACGGCAUUCGGCAAGCAGUACUAGCUUGUCGACCAAGUCGGACGGUCUCAGCGAGGCUCUUUGGCUAUAUCCAGAUACGGAAGAUGUGGACUUUCCCUUUGUCGAUACGCCCGCACAAUAUCUCAACAUUGAUGCUUCCUUACAUCCUCAUGCCCGGGCUGAACUCGACAUGGACACCUGGCUCAUGAACAUCAUCAGGUGUCUGCAGGCGGAUACAGACUGGGAGACUUACAGCUACACCAUUGUACAUGUUGCGGCACAGUUGAGCAACUUUGCUCUUUUCGUGUGUUCCAUGGAGUCUGUCGUGAAGUUCCGGCAGGUGCUCUGUGAGCAAAUCGUCAACAACACGUUUAGAGAGGCUCCCGCGUCAACUGGGUUGAAAAAAUCUGAUGUGGCGUUAUGCAUGUUUAAUAUCUUGGUACCUCUUAUUCCAUUCGCGACCAUGAAGUCUGAGGCUGUACAAAAAGGCUUUGGGGACGAUCUGGUCCGAACAUUCCUCUCUGGACUCGGUGGCGCUUGGGAAGGUACUUCUCGUCCUUGCAUUCACGCAUUGUCGGUGUGCAGUCUCGAGGUACCGUCGUCUGUGGCAACCCUGUACCCCACGAUCAUCGACAAGAUGUCGAAGAACAUGACACAAGCUCACCUCACUUCACAUAUCUUGGAGUUUCUGAUACACAUCGCGUUGCUCCCUGAAAUGCAUUCCAACCUCAACCCAGAUGAGAUUCAGAUGAUCUUCGGAAUCUGCAUUCAAUUUCUGGAGAAGACUAGAGAACAGCAUCAGUCAUCACUCACCUCACCUUCCGGGAGACUUAAUCCAAUAUCGAGGCAUAGUGGUAUGAACUUUCGACGGCCACCCUACCGAGCUGCCAUGCUGACUGACAUCGGUCUGCCUCAGUACGCUGCAGCAUUGGCCUACCAUAUCAUGAUUUUCUGGUUCCUCUCGCUACGACUCGAAAACAGAGCCAAAUAUGUCUCCUGGAUCGUUGCCAGAUUGGUGUGGAAAAAUGGCCGGGGUGAAGAGACGAUCGACGAGCAGAGUCAGGUGCUCAUCGAUAUGAUGCAGAGAACUGCUUUUUCAGAUCUUGGUGAGACUUCACCACAAUCAGACUUUGCAGGGCCCGAGGAUGGCCCAGUAUCAUCAUCUUCCUGGAUAGUUGGCUUGAGCGUCAUAACGGCGCAGACUGCAGGCCAUACCGGCAAAACCCAAAUCAUCAAGCGUCAAGCUUCCGGUACGACUUAUGCGCGAUAUCAGCAGUUGACGACACGGUUACCUACCCAUCAUGCGCCGAGCCAUACGGAGAUUCGACACCAGGAGGCGAGUACCGAAAUUUUACCUUCCCAUAUUAUCCUUCAAAUGGUCGCGAGUGCAGCCACGAUCAGUGCUGGAGACCAGCCAGUCCCCCUGCCUGAAGAAGAUUAUGUGAAACGAGCACUCGAAUUAUUUGAUCGAAUUCCGACCGUCUCCAGUCACAAGUUCGGAGUGCUUUUCAUUGGCGAUGGGCAAACUAGCGAGGCAGAGUACCUUGCGAACACAAGUGGAAGUCCCGAUUUCGACAGAUUUCUGGAAGGCCUGGGUUACGUGGUGUCCCUACAGCCGCCUCUUCAUUACAAUCCUCAAGGUCUGGAAUACCCCCGAGAUGGCGAGAGCACAAUAGCCUGGCGAAACCGUGUGGAUGAGAUCGUCUAUUUCGUACCAACCAUGAUGCCGACUGAUGUGGAGGAAGAUCCACAAUAUAUCACCAAAAAGUCGCAUGUUGGAAACUGUCAUGUGAACAUCAUAUUCAACCGAUCUGGAGAUCCAUGGAGCUUCGACUAUUUCCAAUCCCAGCUCAACUAUGUCAACAUUGUGAUUAGACCUGCCUGCCAAUGUGGCCAUACGCCAGAUGCAAAGUCGAUUCCUGGAUUCUACUGGGUUCAGGUCAUUACCAGGGAGGGCUUCCCAAACAUGUCGCCUGCAGCGGAGCCGAAAAUUGUCUCGGCUGCUCAAUUAGGCCCAUUCGUGCGGGCUAUAGCGUUGAACGCGUCCAUGUUCUCCUCAUGUUGGAACUCCAAAGACAUUGAUUCGGAAUUCCCAAGUACAUGGCGAGCAAGACUACAACAGAUCAAGAGAUUGAGGGAGCGGGUGACGAGUAAAGCGGCUGAUAAGCAGGUGCCGGCUCCUACAUCGGCAACAGCGAGCAGUAACGGACCAAAUGCCUCGGCUGGUCGAAGGACACCGGUUCCUCGAGACGACGCAGGGGGACCUCGCAAAGAUGUGUCCCUUGCUUCUCAACUGGAUUUCAGUUCAUGGACUAUGUAGGCACGGUUAUAUCUUGGUCUCAUAUUCGAAAUGGAGAUGGCCAGAACUCGGACGACAGAACAAAACGGUAGCAUGGUGUUGGGGGAUAUGAUGGACACCGGAAUGGUCAAAAGUUUUUGUUUUUAGGGGGACGGAAUAUGUCAACACCUCUCGACUACGAAUAAUGUGUAUAGCAAAAGUUUGAAUCAAUUGAUGCUAUAAAUGCUUCUCGCUAG